UUGGUGCUACUGGGCCCCGUCGCCCUGGGGACGUGGCCGGAGCGCUCGCUGCCCCGGCAGGCACCGAACGGCGAGCGAAGCGGGUCCGGGAUCCUCCUGUGGCUGGAGGGGAAAGAGAUGCAGCUUCCUCCCGGAGACCGUAGAGGAAGUUAACCGAGUUUGGGGAGUGGGGUGUGCACAUGGCCAGGAUCAGUUUUUCUUGCCUGUGUCCAGCAACUUGGCACUUCACCGUGCCCUCGGUGAGCCUUUGCCUUCGUCAGCGUUUGGCUCUGCUGGGCCUCUUGCUUGGAGCCUGCCUUCUGCUGCUUUUGACAAUUACAAAUCUGUGGCAUUGGAAAGCUGACUCCCAGGACAGGCAGUUUGAAAGGUAUUUGGCAAGAUAUCGAGCCUUGGAGGCAACGGACACAAAGGACCCAACUCUGAGUUACGGGGUUGUUGUUGACUGCGGGAGCAGCGGGUCCCGGGUCUUUGUGUAUUUUUGGCCACCGCACAAUAAGAAUCUCCAUGACCUGCUGGACAUCCGGCAGAUGCGAGACCACAGCAGCGAACCUGUGGUCAAGAAGAUCAAGCCAGGGAUCUCUACGCUGGCAAAAACUCCAGAGAAGGCUAGUGAAUACAUGAGGCCACUGCUCAGCUUCGCUGCCACCUACGUGCCCAAGGCCAAGCACAAGGAGACUCCCCUCUACAUCUUGUGUACUGCAGGAAUGAGGCUACUGCCUGACCGGCAGCAGGCGGCCAUCCUGGAGGACCUGGUGAGGGACGUGCCCUUGGAAUUUGACUUCCUCUUCUCGGAAUCGCAGGCGGAAGUGAUCUCGGGGAAGCAGGAAGGGGUCUACGCUUGGAUAGGCAUCAACUUUGUCCUGGGGAGAUUUGACCACGAAGAAGAGGAAGAUGCGCUGAUUUCUGUGACCCUGGCUGGCCAGGAAGAGCCCCUGGUGCGGAAGAGGACAGUUGGGAUCCUUGACAUGGGAGGCGCCUCCCUGCAGAUCGCCUACGAGGUGCCCAGCUCCGCCACCUUCUCUUCUCCUCAGCAGGAGGAAGCAGCCAAGAGCCUGCUUGCUGACUUCAACCUGGGCUGCGACGUGCAACACACCAAGCACAUCUACCGGGUCUACGUCAACACCUUCCUUGGCUUUGGAGGCAACUUUGCCCGGCAGCGCUACGAAGAGCUGGUACUGAAUCAAACCAUCGCCCGCAACAGGUUGCGGGGUGAGCAGAUGGGGUCAACCCCUGAGGUGCCAGUCUUAGACCCUUGCCUGCCUGUGGGACUGGAGGAUGUUGUGGAUCAGGGUAGCCAGACCCUGCACAUCAGGGGCCAAGGAGACUGGCAGGCCUGCGCAGAGCAAUUACGCCCCCUGCUGGCUGGAGACAACAGUAGCCAAGUGGCUUUGACCAACACCUAUCAGGCCCCUCUGGAUUUUACGAACAGCGAAUUCUACGGGUUCUCCGAGUUCUACUACUGCACCGACGAUGUGCUGCGCCUGGGAGGACCAUAUCAUAGGCCCACGUUCGCACGGGCUGCCCAGGAUUACUGCAGCCUGAGCUGGUCUGUACUGACACAGAGGUUCCGAGACAAGCUGUACUCAUCACAUGCAGACCUGCACCGUGUCAAGUACCAGUGCUUCAAGUCGGCCUGGAUGCACCAAGUCCUUCACGAAGGGUUCCACUUCCCCACGGAUUACUCUGGCCUCCGUACGGCCCAGUUGGUGUAUGACCGUGAAGUGCAGUGGACGCUGGGAGCCAUUCUCUAUAAAACCCGCUUCUUGCCGCUCAGGGAUAUCCGCCAGGAGGGCAUCCGUCAACCCCACAGCCCUUGGCUCCGUCUCUCCUUCGUCUACAACCACUAUCUCUUCUUCGCGUGCAUUCUGGUGGUGACGCUCGCGAUUGGACUCUACCUCCUCCGUCUGCGCCGCAUCCACCGCCAGCAGCAGCUCGACCUGCUGUGGCUGUCAGAAGUGGUGCCGCUGUCAGCGCAGGAGCAGGGCUCCUGACAAAACCGCUACCUCUCUGUGACUGGCCAGUGCUGCCCCCUCGGCACUGGUUUUGAACAGGCCCAAAGCUGUGAUCCUCUUGUAUUUUUUUUAGUCCAGGAUUCUGUAGCACUCCAGCAUAGCCCCAGGGCCAAAAUCACAAGGGUGUCCGCUCAGAUUUGCCCCCUGCCCUGAGCUCCCCCAAUGGACACCAGAUUUUCCUCUGUGCCCAAAGGCCUCAGCUAGCAUAGGAUAACCGUGCCGCAAGGAAGAGGACCAGAGCUGCUCUCUUCUAUCCUUGACUGUGAGCAAGAGGCAGCAUUUCUGCAAGCGACCAAAGAAAACUUGGAUUUGCUCAGGGAGGGGAAGGAGAAGGACCUUGUGUGGCCACAGGCCAUAUUUAGGACUGGACAGCUCUUUGAGUAAGGCACCUCACAGAAAAGGAAAGGAGAUUAUUCUUUCUGGUGCUUGAAAUCUAUGACUGUAGGCCUCUCCGCUAAAUUCGUGUUGAUGCCUGUGAGAGGAGGACCAAAUUCAUGCAUACAGAAUUCCAUGGGGGUAAAGAACAUCCUUUUUUUCAAAA